AUGGUAACCUCUACUACAGCACCUUAUUUAAUAAUUGCUUUUUCAUCAAGCUUUUCAAGCUUAUCUUUUGCUCCAUCUUCAGCCUCCCAACCUAACUUUGGAUUUGGCAACGCAGCUUCGUCAUCAUCACCUUCACCCGCAUUCUUCGCUGUUGUUGCAUCGAAAUCCACUUCUUUUUCUUUUAGUACAUCAUUAAUGCCAUUGUUUUCAAAAGUUACCAUCAUAAUUGCUUCAACUCCAGCAGCUAGUACUAUUAUUGCUUUAACUCUGGCAUUCCCUGCAUUUAACUUAAGUUCUUCAUCUUCUACUACUACGGCUUCUUCAGUAGCAGAACCUACAGGGAGUUUUGGUUCUUUCUUUGGAUUUUCUUUAUCGACAAAACCGUCCACCCUGGCUUCAUCCUCACAAUCGCAAUCCGCUACCACUACUCCUGUAUUCAUCGUUCCUUUGAAUGCUAAAGUGCCUAGAUCAAGAACCAAUGGUUUAUUUGUUGAAGUCUAUCCUCAUGCAAAUGUGAAUUCUAUUACUGUAGGUCUUCCUGGUUCCAGUUCUACUGCUUCAAUAACUUCCAUUAGUACUAUUACCCAAACAUCAUCACUGCUUCUUGUUGCUUUAAGUAGUGGCUAUAUCUCAUUUUCUGUUUGCACUAGAGAUGGGGCUGAUGCUCUAUCAUUGGAUGCAUCCAACUUGCUUUCAAUGAAGAAGAGUUCAAGUGCCACAGCUGCAAUAUCUACUACACCAAAAUUACCAUAUGAGAUAACAGAAAAGAAGAUAUCAAAUCAGGAUCAAUUUCCUUAUUUGUUGGGAUUUAUAUUUCUAGUUUCUUUGUACAUAUAA